AUGGAGAACACCAGAGUCUUCGUCUCUGGGCUCCCGCCUACUUUCUCCAAUGAUCAACUGCGGAAGCAUUUUUCCACUCGCUUCCAAGUCACCGACGCUCAUGUCUUGCCCAAGCGCCGGAUUGGCUUCGUCGGCUUCAAGAGCCCCGAGGCCGCCAAGGAGGCAGUGGCCUACUUCAACAAGACAUACAUAAAGUUGUCGAAGAUCUCCGUGGACAUCGCGAAGCCGGUCGACUCCGAACCUGAACCGAAAAAGCGCAGGAAGGAGAGUGUACCUGAUGAACCGUCUACGAACACCCUCAAGCGGAAGCGUGAUGGUGAACCGGUUGCGCAGGACCCGAAGGUGCAGGAAUAUCUCUCUGUGAUCCAGCAUUCGUCUAAUACCAAGACAUGGGCGAAUGACGAUGACAUUCCUCCCCCCGCGGCCAAUGACACCACGGAAAAGGCUCAAGCUGAAGCUGAAGAUGCCCCGCAAGACCUCACCUACGCACAAAGGAAGAAGGCGAAGCUUGGGGGUGCGGAGGACUCGUACGCUUCUGAAAAGGUUGAGGGUGAGCCCAUGGUGGUCGAUGCUUCGGGAGACGCUCCUGAUCCUGAGGCUGCUGCCGGUGAAGAUGGCGCCGCUCAGACAGAAGAACAGCCCGUUUCGGAUGCCGACUGGCUUCGGUCCAAGACGAGUCGUCUUCUCGGUCUUUUGGAUGAGGAUGAGCAGGCUGAGUUCGACUCGGCUCCGCGAGCACCGCCUGCGGAGCCUUCGGAUACCGGUUCUGAAAAUGCUGAAAAUGCUGAACCAGCACCGGAGGAUACUGCCAAGCCACCUCAAGCACCGGAGGUCGACACGAAUAUUGAAAACAUUCGUCUUUCCGCCCGUCUGUUUGUACGAAAUUUGCCCUACGAUACGACGGAGGCGGAUUUAGAACCCGUGUUCGGCCCCUUUGGCAGGGUUGAAGAGAUUCACGUUGCCUUUGAUACUCGGGUUAGCUCCAGCAAGGGUUUUGCUUACAUCCAAUAUGUGGACCCUGAUGCGGCUGUCGAGGCCUACAAGGCUCUGGAUGGGAAGAACUUCCAGGGUCGUUUGAUGCAUAUUCUUCCGGCUACGGCCAAGAAGACGUACAAACUUGACGACCAGGACCUGGCGAAGCUGCCCGUCAAGAAACAAAAACAGAUCAAGCGGAAGCAGGAGGCUUCCUCGUCUACAUUUUCCUGGAACUCCCUCUACAUGAAUUCCGACGCAGUCAUGUCUUCGGUGGCGGAGCGACUCGGCGUAUCGAAAUCCGACCUGCUCGAUCCAACUUCCGCGGAUGCUGCCGUAAAGCAAGCCCAUGCUGAAACGCACGUUAUCCAAGAAACGAAGGCUUACUUCACGUCCAACGGCGUCAACCUAGAUGCCUUUAAGCAACGCGAACGCGGAAACACCGCCAUCCUAGUAAAGAACUUCUCCUUUGGCGUGAAAACAGAAGACCUGAGGAAGCUGUUCGAGCCGUACGGACAGCUCACGAGACUACUAAUGCCCCCCAGUGGCACCAUAGCUAUCGUUGAAUUCGCCCGACCCGACGAAGCGCAAAAGGCCUUCCGGGGCCUGGCAUAUCGGAAACUGGGAGACUCCAUUCUUUUCCUAGAGAAGGCUCCCAAGAACCUCUUCGACUCCACGACGGCGCCGCAGAAACCCGUUGUAGAGCCCAAGGCUAUCUCGCAAGGAUUCUCGACUGCGGAGACGUUCGCGGCGGAUGAAGCUGAAGAGCUUGGACCUACUGCAACCCUCUUCGUAAAGAACCUUAAUUUCAACACCACGAACGAAAGAUUCGUGGAUGUCUUCCGCCCGCUGGACGGCUUUGUGUCGGCUAAGCUCAAAACCAAGCCCGAUCCCAAGCGGCCCGGACAGACCCUCAGCAUGGGCUUUGGCUUUGUGGACUUUAGGACCAAGGCCCAGGCCCAGGCGGCUUUGGCUGCGAUGAACGGCUACAAGCUGGAUCAACACGAACUGGUAGUUAGAGCAUCUCAUAAAGGUAUGGAUGCCGCCGAGGAACGACGGCGCGAAGACACGGCCAAGAAGAUCGCCGCGAGACGGACGAAAAUCAUCAUCAAGAACCUGCCGUUCCAGGCGACCAAGAAGGAUGUCCGGUCGCUCUUUGGCGCCUAUGGGCAACUGCGCUCUGUGCGGGUACCUAAGAAAUUUGACCGGUCUGCUCGCGGUUUCGGUUUUGCGGACUUUGUAAGCGCUCGCGAAGCGGAAAAUGCCAUGGACGCGCUCAAGAACACGCAUCUUCUGGGUCGCCGACUGGUGUUGGAGUUUGCCAACGAGGAGGCCAUCGACCCGGAGCAGGAGAUCCAACAGAUCGAAAAGAAAGUAGGAGAGCAGCUGGACAGGGUCAGACUACAGAAACUCACGGGCACUGGGCGCAAGAAAUUCACUGUAGGGGCCCAGGACGACGAGCACUAA